AUGGAAGGUCCUAAGAAUCGAAAACAGCGACGAGCAGCAGCAGCAACAGCCGCAGCUUCCACCCCUGACUCGUUCGAUCCAUCUUCGAUCCCUUUAGCCCAUCCUCAAGAAAAGUCCCGCAACGACAUACCGAAGGGAAGAACGUUGGUGGAACUCAUUGCUGAAAGAGAAAAUGAAAUCUUGGCCAAGGAACAGAGGGGUACUGCAAAGUCGGGUCCAGAAACGCGAUUCAUGACCGUGGAUCCAUUAUCUGGCAAGAUUUCCCAAUUCAACCCUUCAACGCUUUCAAAGGAACAAAGCGAUGAGGACGGCCGGGCAGGACCAGCGACUGAGGACUCGCAGAUUGAGCCGAACACAGCUGACGACGGCGUUGAUGAACCGAUUCCCCCAUUAAUCGACACGCUCCUACUCUCCGUACCACUGACGACAUUACACCUUACACUGGCCUACCUGGCGGCUCACCAAUACGCGGAAACGAUCGAGUUGGAAAAGCUCCUGCGCGAGUCUGCAUUUAUCGCGUUCCCCAUGCUGACACUGCUCGUCCAUCUUGCUCAUGGACACAUCGUAUCAGUGCAUAGAGGGAAUACGAAGCAGGAGAAAGUCUCGCUCUUCCCCUGGUCUGAAGACAAGCUCACACUUUCAUUCGUCCGGAAGUUGCUUUUUCCUCCGAGUCUGCGGACAAUGGCGUUUUUGCCUGUUGCCGUGCUCCUGGGAACUAAGCUGAUGACUAUGACCAACGAGGACCCAUACUAUGCUGUUAUGAAGCGAGCCCCUGCCAUCGGAACUUUAUGGGUGUGGAGCAUUCUGGAAAUUCCAGUAGGCGCAGCUGCUUUAGGCGCACUGUGCCCGUUGAUCUGGGGUGUCUGGUGGAAAGGAUACGGUAUCUUUUAA